AUGAACCAUUCACCCCAAUCACCCAAUCACCGUGCAACUCGCACCCCACACCGUCGCGUAUCCGUUCUGUUACAGACUCAGGGCGUUUAUGGGCUCCACCCUCGGCGUGUCAGGACCCUGCGAGCCAGAUCGACCGAAACCGCUUUCCCCAGGUUCCGAGUCGAUGGCUGGCUUGCCAUCAAAGGAACGGCGCACAUGGGUUGA